CGUAAUUCUAACUGUAACAGUUAAAUCUACCUAUAUCAUACUUACAGGGCUGUCUCUGAUUGGUCUACAGAUGACCAAUGCCAUGUCCUACGUUGCUGCCCCCGUCCAGCUGUUAGUGUUCAGCGCCCUCAUUGUUGCCGUGGAUCCUGUUGCUGUACUGGCCGUGUUUAAUGAGGUUGGAGUUAACAGAGUCUUAUAUUUCCUUGUUUUUGGGGAGUCACUGCUGAACGAUGGUGUGACGGUGGUCCUGUAUCAUGUCCUCCAGUCCUAUAACCUGAUUUUACAGGAGCGAGCUAUUACAGCCGAGGAUAUCCUGCUUGGUUUUGUGAAGUUCUUCUUGGUGUGCUUUGGCGGGCUUUUUAUCGGAUUGAUUGUAGGAGCGUUGUCCUCUGUACUGACCAAGUAUACAAAUAAUGUCAAAGUGAUUGAGCCUGUGGUUGUAUUUGGGACAGCCUACAUAGCGUUUCUGCUGGCUGAAAUGUUCGCCUUCUCCGGGAUCAUUAGUAUUAUUGCCUGUGGAAUUGUUCAAGUCGCCUAUGCCUUCCCAAACAUCACAAACAAAUCUCGGGUUACUGUGAAAUUCUUCACCAAGGUCCUCAGUACAAUCAGUGAGAUCAUCAUCUUCCUGUUCCUGGGAUUGUUUUUUGUACAAGAACAUAGUUGGAACACUGGGCUGACUCUGUGGACAGUCCUCUUCAUCACCGUGUACAGGUUUGGGGUGACAUUUUUAGCUUCCUCGCUAAUAAACAGAUAUGACAAGUACCGAGUUAGAAAGAUCCGCUAUGAUGAGAUGUUCAUUGUGAGUUACGGUGGAAUCAGAGGAGCGGUGUGUUUCUCUCUCGUUGCCCUACUGGACAUUAAAGCCUUCCCUAUGAAGGACGUUUUCGUCACAUCAACCCUCUUUGUCAUCUUCUUUACCGUCUUCAUCCAGGGUGCGACCAUCAAACCCCUUGUUAAGUUACUACAGGUCAAGCUGGCCUCUAAGACACAGGAGACGUCUAUGUACGUGGAACUCACAGAACAUGUAACAGACCACUUGAUGGCAGGGAUGGAAGAUCUCAUCGGCAAAGAGGGAAAAAAUUCUAUGAGGGAGUGGUUCUACCACAUGGACGAGAAGUACAUCCGCAGGAUCCUGUUACGUGACCACAAGUUAAACGAGGAGCAAUAUGAAAUCCUUCAAUGUUAUGAAAAACUAAUGAUGAAGGAACAUUACAAGAACCUUCAUCUGUGUGGAGCAAGUAAACUCCCGGCCGACGCCAGUAGACUGAGAAACAUUGACAGCGCCGCCCUGAUACAGCAGAUAAAAAGCAGCACCUCAGAUAAAGAUAAGGACUUGGGUACACCCGACCACGACGUGGACGACGAAACUCCAACAACAGGAACAUUUAAAGUAGUGUUCUCCUUGGAGGAUACACCAAGUACACCCUCUGAAGCAAAGACCUUCUUUGAAAAACAUAUCCAGAGGCCAGCUCACCAUACGAACGUGUUCAGAUUCUCUGGUGGCUUGCAUGACAACGACCAUUUGAAAAAACUUCAAUUCACCAAGAUGAAUUCACUUCGAGAGCGAUGGACCAACAAACGCAACAACAACAACGAGCUCCAGCGCAUGAGGACCAUCAGGAAAAUGCCGGAGCGAGCUUUAUCUUGGUCCGAGGAGGAUACAGCAGAGGCACACAUCAGGGAUCACCACAUGCUUGCCCCUCGACAACGUGCUAUGACGAUGAAUAUUGAUGGGUCCUCUGUUGGUCAAGUGACAAAUCACAUGUACCAGCAUCCUAACAACACUGUGAUAGAGAUAGAUGAAAGUACGGUGUUUGAGGGAACGGAAGACGAACCACUAAUGGAUGACGAUAGUGAGACUACACCGAAGAACGAAGCUAAUUCAGACAACUCGGAUAGUGGGUCAAAAAACAGGUCGAUGGAUCACCAUGGACAUCUCACAAGACAGGGCGCUGUUGCUGUAGAAGACAUUUCUCUACAGCCUGAGGCUACAGAAGACGCUCCCAUACAGCCUAAGGCUACAGAAGACAUUCCUCUACAACCUGUAGGUGAACUCAAGCGACACCACUCUUUAGACUAAACAAAAAGAGGUCUGAGUUUAUUCUUUCAAGGAAAUUCCAACAAUACUUAGAUUUGUGAACUGAAAAUCAUAUUAAAAAAACAAAAUCUUUAUUCAAUAUGAUUCAGACUCAUAUCAGUGAGCAACUUUCUCUCAUUCCUGUGCAUUUAUUACAAACUGUAAAGGGUAAGAAAGGGAUGUAAGAAAUUUCUAUUUUACACCCAAUCGCACGUGUGUGAGCUCACAAAUAGGCAUCAUGAAAUUGGGAACAUUGGCCACAAUGUGUAAAUUGUGACAUCUUUUUGUGGGUUCUGAGCUGAUUCUGGUGAUAGGAAUGAGAGAAAAAUACUCUUUCAUGCCCAGGAGUGUAAAAUAGGGAAACGCCACUUCAUGGGUUUUCGAAUUGAUGCAAUUCCCUUUGCAAGCCUCAGGUUUUACCCAAUUUAAAAACUCCUUUAGCCAAGGGUUUUGUACCAAUUUGAAAUUCCCAAUGAUGGAAUUUCCCUAUCUUACACCCCUCUUGAAAUUUAUGUUUUAUUUGAACUACAUGAUUUCCUAACCAUGUAGAAAUGCUACUGAGAACUAUUUUUUUCUUUGCCAUAGAAUUGCUGUUUCCUAUAUAUUUUACAUGUGUCUAAAAUAUAUCUAAAUAUAUCCAUCCUGUAUUGUGCUAAAUGAUUUGAUUGCAAACAUUCCAGAAAGAUACCUCCAUUUUUAGGUCACCUGAGACAAAGUCUCAAGUGAUCUAUUGCAAUCGCCUUUUGUCCGACGUCGUCCAUCGUGUGUCCGUAAUUAAUUUACAUUUUCAACUUCUUCUCCAUAACCCCUGAACCAAUUUCAAUGAAAUUUUGCAGAAACCUUCCAUU